CAAAUCGCGAAAACACUUCAGAUACGCCAAACAAUAUUUUUUUUUUGGACCCACUCUCAGAUAAAAAUCUUAUCUAUCAACAAAACUGGAACACGUGCAGUUUCUCCUCACACAUAAACAUGUAUCUUCUCCUGCUAUUAACAGUACUUGGGACAACCCAUGGCCUCGACAUCGUGUCUCGGGAUGAAUGGGGCGCUCGAGCACCCAUCUACGUCGACCCCAUGUCGAACCCAGUACCAUACGUGGUGAUCCACCAUAGCGCGGAACCUGCCGUUUGCUACACCAAGGAAGACUGUAUUGAAGCCAUGCAGACCAUGCAAGAUAUGCACCAGAUUGACAAUGGGUGGGUUGAUAUAGGGUACAGUUUUGCGGUGGGUGGAGAUGGUAAUGCGUACGAGGGGAGAGGAUGGUCGGCUGUGGGUGCCCACGCUCCUGGAUACAAUGACAGGAGUAUCGGGAUUUGCGUAAUCGGGAACUGGAUGGAGGCUUUACCAUCAGAGCAGCAACUGCAGACGGUCCAUGAGUUGAUAGCGUAUGGAGUGGAACUGGGGAUGAUUAGUGGGAGCUACGGUUUGAUUGGGCACAGGCAAGCCAAGGAGACUCUGUGCCCGGGUGAUCAACUCUAUGAGGAGAUAACCACCUGGGAACACUAUAUUCAAGUGUAAUUCAUUUAAUACAUUUUUGUGUAUUGGAAAAAAAUGUGUCAAGGGUGCAUUCUUGGUCUCUUUAGUUUUGUGAUUUACGUCAAUGACGUACCAAAUAAAACUCAUUCUCCUUGUAAAUUUUUAUUAACUUGUUAAACUUGAACAAAAUGCGGCCAUGUGGUGAUCUCUUCAAACAACAGAUCCCCCGGACAUAGAGUUUC